AUGAGCGAUUCUUCAGAAGACGAUCAACCCUUCAACCUUCGCGACUAUGACGAUGAAGAAUCUGACGAUGAGCGACCGCACAAAAGACGGAAGACAACAAAGAUUCUGCGGAGUCGUGGGCUCGGGUUCGUCAAAUCUACCACCGAAGAAGAAGCGCAGGACGAUGCACAAGACAGGGAAGACGAAGACGAAGAACAAGACGUUGACGAUGAAAGACCCUCUAUGGGCAUGGGCAUGGGCAUGGGAAUGGGCACCGGUAUGAGUGGAUUUCGAGGCUCGUUCAACAUAGGCGAAUACAACGACGAGGAAGCAGAGGCAGAAAGAGCCACUCCGCCGAUGGACAUGUCUCCCCAACGGCAAACAGAAAAGCCUCAGCGCAUGGGCCCUUCAGCGUUUGGAGUCGGCGGAAGGAUGAACAAAAACUCCUUUGCGGCCCGGAUGAUGGCCAAACAAGGCUAUGUCGAAGGUCAAGGUCUUGGAAAAUCGGGGCAGGGAAUAACAGCACCCAUCCAGGCCAAAGUGCUCCAAAAUCGGGCUGGCCUGGGUCAAGGAAGCGGGACAGCCGAGCCUCGUAGGAGACAAGAUGCAGGAAAGGAAAAGACGUCUUCCAAGGGCUCGACACCCGGCACAAGCACACCACGGAUCAAGGCGCCCCCAAAGGCCAAAUAUGCCGUCGCAGCAAUCGAAUCGAGGGGCCUCCACGUCCCGGAAGCCAUGAAGCAAAUUAUCGUCGAUGCAACUGGAGCCGAAACCAAGACUGUGACCUCGUUGUCAGGUUUCUCAACUCCAACCAGAGAAGCCUCGCCAUCACCAGCACUGGAAGCUGCAAAAGCCACUUCCCGCAUCAAGCUCCAACUGCAGGCUUUUGCCGACGCGUGGGACUCGACGAAGGACCAAGAAAGUCAUCUAGAGCAGGAAGAAAUCCAGCUCGGUGCCGCACUGGCAUUGCACGAAGAAGAGAUUCGACGCUACAACGACAUCAUCUCUGCGUUUGAGCGGGUCACCGUGGACGAUUCGAAUGAGUCCCGAGACUGGAAUGCCUCCAUCUCCCGCUUAGAAGAAAUCCAAGACCGCUCUUUCCUCUACAUCACAGAGCUCUCCCUUCCUGAACUCACCGCUUCCUGCCUCGAAACCCCCUUCCGGCGCGAGAUGGUCGAGUGGGAUCCUCUUUCUGAUCCUACUCACCUAGUCGACUCGUUGAAGUCGAUCGACCAGCUUCUCGAGCUUCAAAAGUCACGGUCAUCCCGCCACCGCAAACGAACGACAUACUUUGAGUCGUUGCUCCUGUUGCACUGGUACCCGCGCGUACGUACGGCGCUGUCGAAGGAAUGGGACGUCUACGAUCCCGAGCCGGCGUAUAAUUUGGUCGACGCCUGGACGCCACUACUCCCUCCUUUCCUCAUCUACAAGAUGCUGCAUGAAGUCGUCCUUCCGCGGUUAAUCGAGGCUGUGAAACGGUUCCCAAAGACGCUCGACUCAGCCGGCCUAUUGGGGACAACCGACCGAAGCAAGAAGAAGUCCAGCAGAGCUCCGGACAUGCACACCUGGCUUUUCGAUUGGUGGACCCUCAUCUCCUCCGAGACGCUCGACCUCGAACGGUUCCCCGAACUAAAAUCGCUCGUCAAGUCCAAAGUCGACGCCGAUUCCUGGGCACACUGGAAGCCCCUGCUCGGGUCGAGGAAACAGAAACUGCUCCCUUCAACCACACCCACACCGACCACGCAACGUCCUACCACGACGGCCGGCCUCAACGAGGCGAUGGAGGAGAUGACGUUCCGAUCGCUCGUCGAGGAAUGGUGCUCGGAGCAUAACCUCCUCCUGCAAACGUCGCAUAAAUCCGACGCGUUUGGUCGGCUGUUGUACAGGUUACAAGAUGCCGAGAGACAACGGAAUCGCGGGAUCCUCGUGUAUUUGCAGGACGACGUCGUGUUCGGGGCAGAGGAUGGAGAGCCCUACGCGUUGGACGAGCGGUUGAUCGCCAGGGCGAGGGGGGAAAAGUAG